AGAGAGAGAGAGAGAGAGAUCUAAUCUAGAUUCUAGAGGGUUAGAGGGUCAAUAUAAAGGCUAGUUAAGGGUAAGAAUUGAGCACUUGGUGAACGUCAGAGGACAGAAAAGGUGUUGUGCUUUUCUGCUUCAAAGAGUGAGAGAAAAAGAAACGGGCUGCCCGCUGCUCUCUCUCUCUCUCUCCAAGUGCAAGCACUGGGAUAUUAGGUUUGGUCACUCUAAUUUUCCAUAUAUUAUGCAGAGAAAUGGCGUUGGAAACACUUUCUUCCAAUGAACUCCUGAACUUCAUCAUUUAUGACACAAUCUCGGCGAACCCAUAUAGCUGCAAUAACUCUUCAGAGACUAAUUAUCUGCUGCACAAUGGUCUGAAACCUCAAGAAUUAGGUUGUGGCUCAAAUGGCUGUUCUUCAAACACCCAAGGGUGUGGUUCUGUUGGAUUGGAAACCACCGAAAGGAGACGGAGUUUGGCGGUGCAAGGGAGGAAGAAGAGGAAGAGAAGGCCAAGAGCUUGCAAGAACAAGGAGGAAGCUGAGACCCAAAGGAUGACACACAUUACAGUGGAGCGAAAUCGCAGGAAGCAGAUGAAUGAACAUCUUGCUGUAUUACGCUCUCUCAUGCCUGAAUCUUAUGUCCCAAGGGGUGACCAGGCCUCUACAGUAGGUGGUGCUAUAGAAUAUGUGAAGGAGCUUGAGCACCACCUACAGUCCCUUGAAGCUCAGAAGUUUCUACUUCUACAAGGUGGAAGAACACUCAAUGAAGCCGCCGCCGCCGUCUUGGCACCUCCAUUUUCACAAUUUUUUGUUUACCCUCAGUACAUUUCCUCUCAAAACCCUAGCAAGUAUACAUCGAAGAGCAAAGCAGCCAUGGCGGACAUCCAGGUCACUAUGAUUGAAACCCAUGCAAAUAUUCGAAUUCUCUCGCAAAGAAGAGUGAGACAGCUCUCGAGAAUGGUUGCUGGUUUUCACACCCUUUACCUCUCUAUCCUUCAUCUCAAUGUCACCACCUUGGACCCACUGGUCCUCUACUCAAUCAGUGCCAAGGGAAUGAAGGGCAGAAAAGGGCUGGAGAAUCUCAUUCAAUUGUCAACCUUACCUACCAUGCAUCAUCCACACUGAAUUGACGAAGGGACUCAGUUAUAUCCAUAUUGUGGGUCCUAUUUAAAUUUAUGGUGAUUAGUCGUCUACUACAAUAAAUUUAACUAGAUCGGAAUGCAUUAAAAUCUGAGGAAAGGAUGGCUAAUUAAAUUUAGCAUCUUUACUUGGAAUUAUAAAAAAUAUUCAAAGUUGUCCUCGUGUUGCAUCCUUUUUAAUUAAAAAAAAAUUCGAAACGGUCCUUUGGGCUAAAAUUUAAAAAAUCUUUUGCAGGUGGAAGAAGGGUGCCUACUCAAUUCAGCGGACGGCAUAGCAGGUGCAGUUCACCACAUACUAAGAAUAAUUGAGGAAGAAGCUAACCUAUGUUGACCAAGCUUAUAUAUACAGCUGUUUCGUACAUUUGUAAACUUGUAGUGAAAUCACCCCAAGACCCCCCCCCCCUUGUUUUCUGCACAAGAUUUUUCUCUGUUUAUGUUGAAUUCGACCUAUUUAUUAUUCAUAUUAUUAAGUAAUUCUAUUUUCGGCUUGAUUUCAUGUUCAUGUUAAUGGAUAAAAUUAAUAUGUAUUUUCUAAUCGAUAUCAUGUUCGUGUUUAUAUUGACUAUGUAUUUUACAACUGUAUUGAAGGAAAAUUAAAGAGGUAUCACUCCUCGGAAAGUG